GCGGCAUAUUAGUUAUGCAGGAACAUGUCCUAAAAUGGACACUGUAGUGUUGUCAGUUCUCCGCCAAUCACAGUGCAGCUUACUGCCAAUGGACAAGUUGCUCUCGGAGCUAACGCUACGACUGCCGGCAGUGUUACUAUGUUCUUACUGUAGCCUAAUGGCCGAGGUGGUCUUUGUAGAUUUUACGUGCCAACCAAGCUUUUGUCUCUUCAACUAGCGACUGAUGGUACUUUGCAAAUUUCACUCAGUCUUCCUGUCUCAGAAAGGACAAGUUUACACAUGCGGACAUGGACAAGGAGGUCGCCUUGGUCAUGGAGAUGAACUAACAUGCUUGGUUCCUAGGCUGGUGGAAGGUCUUCGUGGUCAUCCAUGUACUCAGGUCGCUGGAGCAAAGGAUCACACAGUAGUUCUAACGGAAGAUGGAUAUGUUUACACAUUUGGACUAAAUACAUUUCAUCAACUUGGAAUUCAGCCGCCCCCUCCAAAUUUCAAAUGUUCCAAGGCAGAUUCAGGCCAAAACCAUGAAGGGAAAGACUGUGUUAGGGGUCGCUGCUGGAAGGUUUCACACAGUUCUGUGGAUUAAAGAUGCUGUUUAUACAGUGGGAUUGAAUGGUGGCCCGUUAGGAUACUUGCAAGAUCCUAAUGGAGAAAAAUUUGUAAGUUGUCCUCGCCAAGUAUCCGCACUUCAUCAUAAAGAUAUAAACAUAACUCUUGUGUCAGCAAGUGAUGGCGCUACAGUUUGUGUCAGUGAAAGGGGAGAUAUUUACCUUCUGUCCGAGUAUCAGUGCAAAAAGCUUGCAUCAA